CUCCCUCUCUCUCUCUCUCUCCCCUGCAGUACCACGAAGCUGUAGACAGCGAGGUAUAAGGCAGAUAGCGAGAUUAGUUAAAUGUAUGCUCCGUUGCCUUUUUUUUAAAACAAACAAAAAAAAAAAAAUUCUAAUCCCCCCUAAAUAUUUUAGCUAAAGAAGAAAUAUACGCGUGCACUUGGCUGCAGAUUGAAAAAAAUAUAUUUAUUAAAAAACGAAAAUGCAUGGAUAGAGGCACCUGACAAGCUAGUAAAAAAUAAAUAAAUAAAUCAAAUUGCAUCUUGCAUUCUUCCUUUUCAGUCUGGGGGACAGCAAGUUCUACUCUGCGUGACUGACAGUGCUUGCAAAGCCACCUGCCUCCUGCUCUCUUCUUCUUCUUCUUAUUCGCUAUAACUUCCUCCCUCCGACCUCAAAGAUAAUGAAUUACCUCCGUCGACGGCUCUCGGACAGCAGUUUCAUGUCCAACCUGCCCAACGGUUACCUGAGUGACUUGCAGCGGCCGGACCCCCCGCAGCCCAGCCCGGCUGUGUCGCCGGGACCCCCGGAGCGCCGCCAGUCUGUAACUCAGCCCGCUGGAACCGGAUUCUUCUCUUCUAUCUCCAACGCUGUGAAGCAAACCACCGCGGCGGCAGCAGCGACCCUGAGCGAAGCUGCUGUCGGUGGUACCGGUCCGGCCCGCUGUAAGAUACUGCUCGCCAUCGAUGACCAACAGACGGACUGGGCCAAAUUCUUCAAAGGAAAGAAAGUCCACGGGGAAUUCGAUAUCAAAGUGGAGCAGGCUGAGUUCUCUGAAAUUAACGUCGUGGCCCAUGCUACUGGAAGCUAUAGCGUGCACAUUGAAGCCAUACGAAAUGGGACCAAAAUUACCAAGUCAUUCCGGCCGGACUUUGUGCUCGUCAGGCAGCAUGCUUUCAGCAUGGCAAAGAACGGAGACUUCCGGAACAUCGUCAUAGGGCUUCAGUACGCAGGGCUGCCUAGUGUCAACUCGCUUCACUCUGUCUACAACUUCUGUGACAAGCCUUGGGUGUUUGCUCAGAUGACAAGACUGUACAAGAAGUUUGGUCCAGAGGAAUUCCCUUUGAUUGAACAAAUCUACUACCCUAACCACAAAGAGAUGAUCACUACUCCUAGGUUUCCAGUAGUGGUAAAGAUGGGUCACGCGCAUUCUGGAAUGGGAAAGGUGAAGGUGAAUAAUCAGUAUGAUUUUCAGGACAUUGCCAGCGUGGUCGCCCUCGCAAAGACCUAUGCCACUUCGGAACCCUUCAUUGACGCCAAUUACGACGUUCGCAUCCAGAAGAUCGGCAACAACUACAAGGCGUACAUGAGAACUUCAAUUUCUGGUAACUGGAAAACAAAUACGGGAUCAGCAAUGCUGGAGCAAGUCGCCAUGUCAGAAAAAUACAGGCAGUGGGUAGACGCCUGCGCAGACUUCUUUGGGGGCCUUGAUAUGUGUGCAGUGGAGGCCUUGCAUGGCAAGGACGGCAAAGAUUACAUCAUCGAGAUUGCCGGCUGCUCCAUGCCUCUCAUCGGAGACCACCAAGAUGAAGAUCGGACCCUCAUCACAGAGCUGGUGCUCAGCAAGAUGAACCAGACGCUGCCCAAAACUCCCCUCCCCUCUCCAGUGAGACUCACUGCAGCCCAGCAAGCUCAGCCCCAGCACCAAGGACAGCAGGCAGUCUCCCCUCAGCCCUCUCAGGCACAGACUCGGCCAGUCCCGGGGCCUCAGCAAGGACCCCCAGCUCAACAGCGCCCCCUUCCACAAGGUGGCCCCCAACAGCCUCCCUCUGGCCUUCAGGGAGUCCGCCAGGGACCCCCCUCCCAACAAAGACCCCCUCCUCAAGGUCAACCAAUCCAGGGUCAAAACCCAGCAGCUUUGAACCAGCCCCCUUCCCAACAGCAGCACCGAGCCCCCAGCCCCAGCUCGCAGCACCCCCCCCAGCAACAGAGGCAGCCCAGCCCUGGGGGGCCGGCAGGGGGACCCCCGACAGCAACCCAGCAGAGGCCCCCGUCGGUUCAGGGCUCCCCCCAGCGAAGUCUCAGCGGCUCCCCUCAGAUGCAGAGACAACCUCAGCAGCAGCCACAGCCCCAGCAAAGACCCGGUCCCGUGCCCAGACCAGCAGGCUCCCAGCACCAGAGACCUCCGCAGCAGAGGCUGCCUGGCCAGGGAGGCCCCCAGCAGCAACGGCCGGCCUCCCAGGGCCCUCCUCCACAAGGCAGGCCCCUGCCUCCCACCACCCAGCAGCCCAGGCCCUCCGCACAGGGGGGUCCGCAGGGGGUAGCUGGGGCCCGCCCGCCCGUGCAGCAGAAGCCUCAGCCUCCUCUGAAACCCAGCCAGGAUCAGCAGCAACACCCCCAGCUCAACAAAUCACAGUCUCUUACCAAUGCCUUCAACAUUCCAGAACCUUCGACGGCUCUCCGUUCAACCCUUAGCCAGGACGAGGAGAAGGCAGAGACCAUCCGAAACCUGCGCAUGUCCUUCGUCAGCCUCUUCUCAACAGAGUGACCCCCACCCCCCUCAAAAAAACCAACACCUUCUCCGACCGAGAGAACCGGCCAGCUCCUCACCAACUCCACACAGGUUAGGGCUGGGGUGUCAAACUACCGUCUCCUGGCUUUCGUUCCAGUCCCUUCAUUUUGAAUUGGUCCAAUGCAACGCUUCUGUCCGGUCCUCCGAACGUUUCCAAGGUCGUGCUCCUUGAAUUAAGUGUUUUGUUGUUUUUUUUUGUUUUUUUUGUUUUUUUUAAUUAUCAAAUGCAAAAGACCUUGGGAAAAAGAUGACGUCAGCCCAACUGCACAAAUAAAGAGACCAGUGAAGUGAAUGGAGAGCUUAAGUUAGGGUUAGGGUUAGGGCUAGCCAGGGUUAAGGGUUAGGGGUUAGGAGUUAGGGUUAGGGUUAGCAUUAGG